AUGAUAACAAAAAAAAGUACUGGAAAGGGUAGGAUAGAUUGGAAGUAUUUUAAAUUGUUGUAUCAAAUAUUUGCAAAUGAUCAUACCAUAAAUUCAAGUUUUUUAAUGUCUUCAAUGACUGGAAAAAGUGCAAGAGUUCUUGAAAUGCCGCUAUCCCCUGAACCUCUUUCUCCUAUUAUUGAUACAAUUAUAAAUGGGGAAAAUACUUUCAUAAAUAUGAAUCCUGCUGCUACGACCACUCCCACUAAUUUCAUGAACAUUUCUAACCUAAAUAACAAAACUAUUAAACAAAGUAGACUGGAUCUUCACCGUAAACAUAUACGAGAAAUUGAAGAGAAAAGAGUGGAUGCUCUUAAUAGAUUGCUUAAAGGGAUUGAAGACCAAAAUAUUAUUUUAAGAGAAAAAAACGGUUUACUUAAAAAACUCAUCGAUAGCCCCAAUUUUAGACUAUAA